CCCCGCGUCUAAGCGCGUCGGAGCGUAGCGACAGUCACGCGGCUGGAAGGAAGGACAGACAGACUGAGUGACCCCCGCGCCAUGGCGGAGCGCGCGGCUGGAGGCUGCUGCCUGGGCUGGGACUUCAGCACCCAGCAGGUGAAAGUUGUCGCUGUGGAUACAGAGCUGAAAGUCUUCUAUGAGGACAGUGUUCAUUUUGACAGAGACCUUCCAGAAUAUGGGACUCAAGGCGGAGUUCAUGUCCACGAAGACGGACUGACAGUCACCUCUCCAGUCCUGAUGUGGGUCCAGGCCUUGGAUAUGCUCUUGGAGAAGAUGAAGGCUUCAGGUUUCGACUUCUCUCAAGUCCUUGCCUUGUCUGGGGCAGGCCAGCAACAUGGAAGCGUGUACUGGAAGACAGGGGCCGGCCGGGUGCUGACAGGCCUGUUGCCAGACCUCCCGUUACACAAGCAGCUGCAGGCCUGUUUCUCUGUCAGCAACAGUCCUGUGUGGAUGGACUCCAGCACCACAGCCCAGUGCCGCCGGCUGGAGGCCACCGUGGGUGGGCCACAUGCUCUCAGCUGCCUCACAGGGUCCCGGGCCUAUGAGCGCUUCACAGGAAACCAGAUCGCCAAGAUUUCCCAGCAGAACCCUGAGGCCUACUCACACACGGAGAGGAUCUCUCUGGUCAGCAGUUUUGCUGCCUCCCUCUUCCUUGGGUCUUACGCCCCGAUUGACUACAGUGACGGUUCUGGGAUGAAUCUGUUACAGAUCCAGGACAAGGUCUGGUCACCAGUGUGCCUCAGUGCGUGUGCUCCUCAUCUAGAGGAGAAGCUUGGCCCCCCGGUACCCUCACUCUCAGUUGUGGGAGCAGUUUCCUCCUACCAUGUCCAGCGCUAUGGGUUUCCCGUGGGCUGCAAAGUGGUGGCUUUCACUGGGGACAAUCCAGCAUCGCUGGCUGGCAUGAAACUUGAAGAAGGUGACAUUGCGGUCAGCCUGGGCACCAGUGACACGCUGUUCCUCUGGCUGCGGGAGCCCACGCCUGCCCUGGAGGGCCACAUCUUCUGCAAUCCUGUGGACGCCCAGCACUACAUGGCGCUGCUGUGCUUUAAAAAUGGCUCCCUGAUGAGAGAGAAGAUCCGAGAUGAAUCUGCCUCCUGUUCCUGGAGCGAGUUCUCGAAGGCACUGCAGUCUACAGAGAUGGGGAAUGGUGGAAAUCUGGGAUUCUAUUUCGAUGUAAUGGAGAUCACCCCUGCAGUUACUGGGCGCCACAGAUUCAGUGCAGGAAACCGUGAGGUCUCAGCAUUCCCCCCAGAGGUGGAGAUCCGAGCCCUGGUUGAAGGACAGUUCAUGGCCAAGAGGAUUCAUGCAGAGAGCCUGGGCUAUCGAGUCAUGCCCAAGACAAAGAUUUUGGCCACUGGCGGUGCAUCGCACAACAAAGACAUCUUACAGGUGCUGGCAGAUGUGUUUGGUGCCCCGGUGUAUGUCAUAGACACCACCAACUCAGCCUGCCUGGGCUCUGCAUACCAGGCCUUCCACGGCCUUGCAGCUAGAACAGACCUGCGCUUCUCAGAGAUUCUCAAGUUAGCCCCAAGUCCCAAGUUAGCUGCCAUCCCAAUGCCAGGAGUUUCUCAGAGAUUCAGAGAAUUGGAAUCACGGAUCCUGGCAUUUUCAAGAACCUUGCUACAGAAACAGUCAAGGACUGCACUACCAACUCUCACCAGCUAUUCAGUCUACGAGGCCCUCCUCCCACAGUAUGCCAAACUGGAGCAGAGAAUCCUGUCCCAGGCCAGAGCAGCUCUACAGUGAACUACAGACCCUGCGUGCCUCACAACCCGGCCAGCCCAGACUCUCUGUGUCCACUUGGGGGUGCGGCCCUGGGCAGCAGGGAUCCUCUUCCUGUUCCUGCCUACGCUGGCUCCUGGCGGGGCUCCGACCCUGCCUGCCAGGCUCUUCCAGUGCUUUUGUACAUCCUUGUUAAUGGAUGUGGCCUGUGCCCCUGUGCCUUCCUGCUCAGGGCAGGGAAGCAGCUUUUUCCUGACUUCUGUUCCAGGAGGCACGAGAGCACUGACUCUGGAUGUAACUGUGACUCUCCCCUUCCAGUGAAGGACUGAAGCUCUUACAGGGACCUAGAUCAGCAGAAUGGAGAAGAGAGCCUUCGCUGUGCCCUAGCCCACUGUCCAGCCCUCUCCUAGCCCUGACCUCUGGCCCGUCUCCUCCACACAGGAACUCUCCUGCCUCUUUCCGCCCUCCUCAUUUUAGCCUUCUGAAGUGCACUUCCAGUUUCCUUUGCUUUCUUCUCUUCCUUCCUAUCUGUCUACCUCCCUCCCUCGCUCUUUCUUUCUUCUUAAACCCUCUCAUGUUAUUUCCUCCUCCCUGAUCUCAUCCCUUUCUCUUUUAAGCAUCUGUCCUCUACCCACUUUGGUCUCUCCUGGCUCUCCACACCCACCCGAUGUCAUCGCCUGCCUUCUGCCACCCCAAAAGCAGGAUGGACAUGUUCCCUGUGCCUUCCCUGCAGCUCUCUCUCUUCACAGGCUGCCUGACUCCUGAAUGCACCAACUCAUUUGAGAGGCCGCCUCUCAGGUGGCUUAGAGUCUCAGUCUGCCAUCCUCUCAUCACCCCCCCCCCACUGUAACUUAGUGAAAAAAAAAAAAUCUGAUCAUU